AUGGCUGAUGAUAGAGAGAGAGCCAUAAGGGAGUAUGCUGCCCCCAUGUUUGAUGAGCUUAAUCCGGGCAUUCUUGCUAAUGAGCUAAGGAAUAGACCACAAGGCACCUUGCCUAGUGAUACAGAAAAUCCAAGGAAAGAUGGCAAGGAGCAUUGCAAGGAGGUUACCUUGAGAAGUGGCAAAAAUGUGGAAUUGACUGAGGACAAUUGUACUAGAAACAACGAGCCCACUUCAAUCCAAAGUAGUGGGGACAAAGGAGACAAAGCUGUGAAAUCAAAAAAUUUAAAUGCUGAUCCUGAAGCAAUUCCUCCACAAAAUGCUACAGGAAAGCCUAUAAGCAAGCCCCCUCCACCAUUUCCUCAGCGCUUUCAAAAGCAGCAACAAGAUAGUCAAUUUCGGAGAUUUUUAGAUAGGAGGCUUGGUGAAUUUGAAACAGUGGCGUUGACUGAAGGGUGUAGUGCUAUAUUGAAGAGUAAAAUUCCUCCUAAAUUGAAGGAUCCGGGCAACUUCACAAUUCCUUGUUCUAUUGGUGGUAGAGAUGUUGGUAGAGCACUUUGUGACUUGGGGGUUAGUAUCAAUUUGAUGCCCAUGUCAAUUUUCAAGAAGUUGGGGAUUGGAGAAGCAAGACCAACCACAGUCAUUUUGCAAUUAGCGGAUCGUUCUAUGGCACACCCGGAAGGAAAAAUUGAAGAUGUACUUGUGCAAGUUGAUAAAUUCAUCUUUCCGGCUGAUUUCAUCAUCCUUGAUUAUGAAGCGGAUAGAUAUUUUCUGGAUGAGGUUGAGGAAUGUUCUAGGCUAAGUGUAAUUGAGUCUAUUGUCGCUGAAAAAUUCCAUAAGGAAGCUUGUAAAGAUGGAGUGGGGGUGAGGUCACUUGAAGAGCUUGAAAACUUAAGUGAAGAGGAAGAAAGCCAAGUUACAUGGGUGAAGUCAAAGCAGCCCUUUGCUAAAUUUAGGAGGCCUUUUGAGUCAUUGAACUUGUCGGAAGGGAAUUUUAAGCCUCCUAAGCCUUCUAUUCAAGAGCCACCAAAAUUAGAGUUGAAGCCUUUGCCUAGUCACUUGAAGUAUGCUUUUUUGAGAGAUAAUGAGACCAUGCCUGUGAUUAUUUCAGCCAUGUUAGGAGCUGAAAAAGAGAGUUUGUUGCUGGCUGUUUUGAAGAAAUACACAAGGGCCAUUGGUUAG